AUACUGCAACAGCGGAAGGAGAUCCUGGUCUGACAGAUCAUGUGACCCUCCCUCAGUGAGCACACACACACAAACACGUACCCAGACCACCGUGUUUGGGUCCUGGUUGAUCUACUACGGUUCCGCGAUGCAGAACGUGUUUAACUCGGUGAAGGGUACGGCGCUGGGCGUCGCGGAGUUCCUAACCCCGGUGUUGAAGGAAUCCAAAUUCAAAGAGACCGGAGUCAUCACACCAGAGGAGUUUGUAGCUGCUGGCGAUCACCUGGUCCACCACUGUCCCACAUGGAAAUGGGCGGCGGGGGAGGAGUCGAAGGUGAAGCCGUACCUGCCCUCGGACAAACAGUUCCUCCUCACGCGCAACGUCCCGUGCUACAAGCGCUGUAAGCAGAUGGAGUAUUGUGACGAGCUGGAGGCCAUCAUCGAGGAGGACGAUGGGGACGGAGGCUGGGUGGACACCUACCACAACGCAGGUUUGCUUGGGGUCACGGAUGCUGUCAGAGACAUCUCACUGGAAAAUAAGGACAACCAGAACGUGAAGCUCGGGGGCCAUGGCAACGGAGGCGGCGACGAUGACGACGAUGACGAGGAGGAAGACGGGGAGGCGGCCGAUAUGGAAGAGUAUGAGGAGAGCGGUCUGUUGGAAACGGACGAGGCGACGUUGGACAUGAGCAAAAUGGCAGACUCCUUCAAAUCCAAAAUGGACACCGGUGGUGAGGACGCCAUCCUGCAGACCCGGACAUACGACCUCUACAUCACCUACGACAAAUACUACCAGACCCCGCGGCUCUGGCUGUUCGGCUACGACGAGGACCGACAGCCCCUUACGGUGGACCAGAUGUACGAGGACAUCAGCCAGGACCACGUCAAGAAGACGGUGACCAUCGAGAACCACCCCAACCUGCCCCCCCCUGCCAUGUGCUCCGUCCACCCUUGCAGACACGCAGAGGUGAUGAAGAAGAUCAUCGAGACCGUGGCGGAAGGCGGUGGGGAGCUCGGAGUCCACAUGUACCUCCUGAUCUUCCUCAAGUUCGUGCAGGCGGUCAUCCCCACCAUAGAGUACGACUACACGCGGCACUUCACCAUGUAGCGCCCAGCGGUGACCCCCCACGGCCCCCAAUGCCCGCAGGAUCUAGCUAGCAAAACAAGGAGUGUGUCGGGAGAAGUCUGCCCCCCAGUCUCCAGGAUUUGGUGCUGAAGGAGUUUGCGUCUCGGACGAUGACUUUGUGGAGUGAAGGGGGGCUGACUCUUCUGAAUCGGGGGAACUUUGACAAGCAACGAGCGACAUUCGUUUUGCUGACCAAUAGUGUCGUGUUGUGGCAUUUUGUUGUUUACUUGUUUUUCUAUGUUCAGAUUUAAUCUUGAUUUCUGCUGGUUUAGCAUCGAUUUUGUUUAACAUAAUAAAACAAAGGCCCUCUCCAGAAACUUUAAAAUGCUAUGUAUAUUAAGGACUAAUAUAAUCAUACAGUUAUCCCUGUGGGCGGGGCUUGAGUCUAUCCAUCCCUCAGAUUUGUCGCAAACUAAUCCGGAGCAUGCCCAUUGGCCACAGCUUUCCAUCAGUCACCUAUAACCACUAAUACUAUCUUAACAAUAAUACAUGAAAUAUAUUGAUAUCGAACAUCACCGCACAAACUGAAUACCAAGUCAACCGUUACGUGGGGCUUCUGAACCAAAUUACAUUGUGUGUUGGUGUUGGUUUAACCCCAGAAGGGUCGUUUAAACGCCUAUCCAUAGUGGUUGCUCUCAGCCUGGAACUCAUCAAAGCUGGAGUGGUUACGUUUGGUUGUCAUGCCGACUGUCUUAAAGCUUCGUUCUUCUGAA